AUGCGAGAUCGGUUCGCUGAUAGCUUGGUUGUUUUCUUUGUUCGGCCUUUGUUUGGCGGAACCAGACCACAUAUGGUGACCGAAAAGAACACCAAUUUGAAUGAAAUGAUGCAAGAAGCGCAGCAGUUAAAGAAGAAGUUAGCGAUGAAAGAACAGGAGUUGCAGGAAGCACUGAGGAAGACCGAGCGAACACAAGACACUAAUAGUGAGAAAUAUAAUGAUAAAGUGCUGGAACUGAAAGCAGAACGAAACAACUUGCUGGAUGAAAAUUCACAGCUGCGAAAUCAAGUGGCUCGAAUCAGUAAGGAUUUGACCAAUGAGCGUGCUCACGUAGAGGAGCUGACGGCGAUUUGUAAUGGUACUAGACGUGAUAUGAAGGUGCGACUUGCGGCGAUUUUUUGCCAUUAG